AUGGUGACCAUUGACAGCCAUGUCGUCGUGAAAUACAUGAACGAGCCAUUCGUCACCAUCCCCCAGUACUUGAUUGUGGACGGCUCCGCUGGCCAAAAGUACUUGAAGAUGCGGGCCUCCAGUUUGCCCAUAGUCCAGCUCUUAACCGGAGCCAAGAACCCAGCCAGGGCUUCGUUGACAUUCUACCAACCCUUCCAAAAGUUGGUGGAGAAACGCAACGAGGCCAUGGAUCGCCAUGCUGCGGGCGACGAGGACCAGGGCGACAUGGCCGACUUGUUCGAAAACCAUGAUGAGGAAGGCCAGGGGAGGUCCAAGAGGCGCAGACUCCAGAACCUCCCAGAGACUGUGAACAUUUACGUCGGGAACGCCAUUGUUCCAUGCCUGAUCCCACAAGAAGGCAAGCGGCCCAAGGCUGCAGACUUGGCCGUGCCACUGGACUCCAACACUAUCGCCGCCAUCAUCGACCACGUUCGUGCCAGUGCUCAAGACCUGGAAAUGCACAUGAAGCAGCCCAGGAAGAAGACUGCCAGUUUUGCCUCUGCCACGUUUGGCCUGCACUCCAAGCACCUCGCCAUGGCUGGAGUUCCAGAGAAGGUGGUCCAAGAAGUGGAGGCCAUGAUGGGGUCGACAGCCCCAGUCAACUCCAAGGUUGACCAGAUCGUCCAGCUUCUGAGGACCCAUGGCCUUGCCCAUGACCAAGUUUUGCUUCCAAGUCAAAUCUUGGUUCAUCCUGAGAAUAGAGGACGGUCCAUGGUCUCGUAUUUCGACGUAUGGUCCAAAGGAAGCCAAAUGUGCAGUGUGGGCUUCCAGCCGAAGCUCCUGGACGGCCAGACCAUCUGCACCCAAAUGGCCACUGCCGAGACCAAGAGGCUUGCCCAAGUGCAAGCCAACCGCCAAUUGGUGACGGAGGCCAAGGGCCACCUGGCACCAGUGAGUGGCCAGGAAG